GCCGGUCAUAAAUGAUGACUUGCCAUGCCCACACAAGUUGUGGCGGCUUCAACACUAAAUAAUGAAAGCAAACCUAGUUUAUCCUUCCCUUUGAGUCAUAAGUUAAAAAUCGUUUAAGUCAGGAGGAGCAUCUCGCUGAUCCGGGGCUGUGUUUGGGGCAGGAGAUAGGGGCAGCGCUACCCCUAUGAAUAAUGUAGAUCGUUUUCAUCAUGAGCUGAACAUAACAAGCAUAGCUCGCGCCUCUAUGGGCAACAAUUCGGAUCCACGAGAGAAGGAAUAUGGAAAUAAAUCUAUAUCAUCUUCAAAUCCGAAAGUGACUUCGAGGAUGGAGACAGGUUUGCUAGCGAAUCAUAAACUGAAAAAUGCUGGUGGCGGAGAUCCCCCUCCUUCGUCUCACCACCACACACCUCCACAGCAACAGUCGCAACCAUUCAAUCAAUUCCAACAGCAUCACCAACGUCAAAUUCAAAACAACAACAUUAGCAACCAGCAAUCAGCGCAAGGAGACUUCGGGAAUCGUCAACAUGGAGGGAAAGAGAAUAUUUUGGGCGAUCAAACCGAACGCCAUCAGCAAUUACUGAAUAAAAGUGAAGAGGAGGACCGAUCCUGCAAAACGGGUGAUCGGAUGGGCAGCAGGUACGACCACAGCAACUUGGGACCAACGAAUAACAACAUCAACCAGUCACAAAGUGGGAACACUACGGUUUCUGAGUUUAAUAAUUAUUAUGGGAAUGGAAGAGGAGGGCCUUGCUUUGAUCAACAUGGCGGACAACAAAGCCCUGGGACGGGGAUAAUGCAUUCGGCACAAAACAGCAUGGAUCAAGUACAAAACUCUCACGAAGGGUAUCAUAAUAACCCCUACAACCACUAUCCGAAUUACAGACCUGGCUAUGGUGGCACUGGAUAUGGUAUGAUGAGCCCCUCACGGCAGGGGAACAACAUGAUGGGCCCAGGUGGUAAUACGACUUCAGCUAGUCAUGGAAAAGCUGCCAUGGCUACAGCCUCGGCUUCUGGUGGUGUAAAUGUCGGGGGUUUUCAGCGAUUUCCUGGACAAAAUCAACAGCACCCAUCUGGAGCUACCCCUACUUUGAACCAGUUACUGACAUCGCCAAGUCCUAUGAUGCGAGGAUAUGGCAGUGGCUAUCAAGAUUACAAUAAUCCCUCUGCACAACAACAACAAUCAAGCAUGGGCUUGAGCAAAGAAAUGAGCUCUCAAUAUGCCCAAACUUCUCAUGGUUGGGGAGGACAACAAAGAAAUCAUCCAGCAAUGAGCCCUGGGAACAACGGUCACGGUGGCAACAGGGCUCAGGUGACGCCCAUGGACGCCAUGGCGAUGAAGCGCUCGCAGCUGUACAGCGUAGGGAGCAGUCCCUACGGCCAGCAGCAGCCCGGCGGGGCCUACCCAGGCCAGCCGUACGGGGCGCCCGGCCCGCACCGCUACCCAAUGGGAAUGCAGGGGCGGGGCCAAGUGCCAAUGGGAGGCAUGCAAUACCCUCCACAGCAGCAGAUAUCAGCGCAGUACGGGCAGCAGAGCAUGGCUGGAUACUGCCAGCAGGGCCAGCCUCCCUAUUUCAGCCCACCCCAGCAGCAGCAGCAGCAACAACAACAACAACAACAACAACAACCGCAGCCUCCUACGUCUGCCCCCACACAACCCCCAUACAUGCAGUCCAGACCGACACCUCAGCAACAGGACACUCCACAGGAUGGCUACAACAGCAGGGGCCAGUCGACGACGAUGACUUCAGGGAAGCCCAACCAUGAUGAGAUGGGCCCCAACCAGCAGGACCGACCCUCCAGCCUCCCUGACCUGUCGGGCUCCAUCGAUGACUUGCCGACGGGCACGGAUGCCGGCCUGAGUUCGGCGGUCAGCGUCUCGGGCUCCACCAGCAGCCAGGGCGAGCAGAGCAACCCGGCGCAGUCGCCCUUCUCGCCGCACGCCUCGCCGCGGCUCUCCAGCCUGCGCAGCGGGCCCUCGCCCUCCCCUGUGGGCUCCCCGGUGGGCUCCAGCCAGUCGCGCUCCGGGCCCAUCUCCCCGGCCAGCGGGCCAGGCACUCAGAUGGCCCCGCAGACCCCUGGAAAUAUGUCCGAUGUGGGCUCCCAUUCCACUCUGAGUCAGUCACCCAUGUCUCAGGACAGAGGAUUUGCUCCCAGCAUGCAGCGAGGUGCCCCAGGGCCCCAGUUUGGUGCCCAGCAGCAGCAGCAGCAGCAGCCUGGCGGACCCUCCAUGUCCCCACACCCCUCUCCAGCCGGCCCCAUGCACCACAGCAUGGGCCCCUACCCGCAACAGGGCGGCCCGCCCUACGGCCCUCAGAGUGGGCAGUAUGGCCCCUCAGGUAAUUACCAACGGCCACCCAAUUAUGGAGGUACCCCCAGUGCCAACUACAGUGGCCCCAGCCCUGGCAUGGGCAACAGCCUGGGCAUGAACGCCAGCAGCCCCAUGCACGGGCAGGGCCCAGGACAGCACUGUGGUUCCGUCCCCGCUGGUAGAGGGCCAGGGCAGACCACAGGCGGGCGCCCCUACCCAGGCAGCAACAACGCCAACAAUAUGGCGCCCACCUCGCCCAGCAUACCACAGCCGGCAGGGCCGGGCAUGGGUCCGCCCCUGCCGGGGGUCGGUCGGAAACCCCAGGAGCCUGGAGCAGGGGGCAUCCAGGGCUCCCCCUCAGUCGGACAGACCAGGCCGGGUGGCUACCCUGGCAUGCCUCCUAUGGGCCCAGGGGCCGCCUUCAGUCAGCCGCCAGCCAGCGGCUCCGGUAGGAUGACUCCUCAAGGGCCCCCAUACAACACCCCGCCGCAAGGCCCUAUGCCCAUGCAAGGUGAUGGCCCAGUGUCUGCAAAUGCUAAACAGAGGGUGGAUCAUAAAGAAGUGGGUGUGGUUCCCUCGAGGCCACCCAAACCCAAGGACAGCUACAGCUCUCAGUGUGUGUCCCAGCCCCCCCCCUCCCCUCUGUCCCCCAGUCCUGCUAGUCUGUCCUCCUAUCACGGCGAGGAUAGUGAUAGCAUUAGCAGCCCUGCCUGGCCAAAGACCCCCACCAGCCCUAAGCACAGUUCGGCCACCAUGACCAAUGAGAAGAUCACUCGCCUGUACGAGAUGGGCGCGGAGCCAGAGAGGCGGGCCUGGGUGGACCGCUACCUGUCCUUCAUGGAGGAGAGGGGCACGCCGGUGCCCAACCUGCCCGCUGUCGGCAAGAAGGCUCUGGAUCUGUUCCACUUGUACGUGUGCGUGCGUGAGAUCGGAGGCCUGGCUAUGGUGAACAAGAACAAGAAGUGGCGGGAGCUGUCCACCCGCCUCAACGUGGGCACGUCCAGCAGCUCGGCCUCGUCCCUGAAGAAGCAGUACAUCCAGUACCUUUUUGCCUACGAGUGCAAGGUGGAGCGCGGGGAGGAGCCCCCGCCAGAACCGCAGCAGCAGCCGCCACAGGCACGGAUCCAGCCUCCGUCACCUGCCAACUCUGGCUCCCUGCAGGGCCCACAGACCCCCCAGUCUACAGGCAGCAACUCCAUGACUGAGACCCUGGGUGACCUGAAGCCCCCCAGCCGAGCCACCACGCCUCACGGCCCCAUGACCCCACAGCAAGGCAGCAGGACUGGAGGCGUGAGCGUGCAGGACCCUUUCUCAGAGGGCAGUGAUCCGGCCUUCCAGAAGCGCGGCUCUGUGCCCCCUGGCGCCCCCUACCAGCAGGGGGCAGGCACUGACGCCGCCAUGAGGAUGGGCUUCGAUACCAACAAGGACCCAUACGGCGGGCCCAGGAAAGGUGGCAGUGAGCCCUUUAUGCCAGGCCAGAUGCCAGGCAGUGGCAUGCAGGAGAUGUAUCCCCACGGAUCAUCAGCAGGGAUGGCAAUGGGCCCCCGGCCACAGUACCCCUAUGGCCCUGGCUUUGACAGGAGACCUGAUCAUGUUAUGGGGCCAGAUGGAAGCAUUGCGCCCCCUGGAGGCCAGAACAACAAUGAUCCCAACAUGUUCCCUGGCAACAGAUACCCUGCACAUCAGAGGCAUGGGCCUGAUGGCUAUGGGCAGCAGUACCCACAUGGCAUGCCAUACGGACCACAUGGAAUGUAUCCACAGCAGCAGGGCUACAAACGUCCUGGUGAGGGGAUGUACGGCCCUCCAGCAAAGCGCCACGAUGGAGGCGAAGGCUACAAUAUGCAGUAUGGCGGCCAGCAGCCCGAGAUGUACGGCCAGUACGGUGCGGGCUACAUGGGGCCGGAGAGGCGCGCGAUGCAGGGCCAGUACCCGCCGUACCCCUACGCCCGCCAGGGCCCCCCGCAGCACGCCAUGAUGAGCGGCGGUGCCCCCUCGGCAGCCUCGGGCCCCGCCGCAGGCCCCCAGGGCAACAUGUGGCACCCCAGGACUGAGAUGGGCUACCCCUACCCAGGCCGCCAGGGCCAGGGACCGCCAUUCCCGGGCAUGGGUCGUGCAGGGGAGGACGUGGACGGACGAGGACCCGGUCAGGAUGGCGUGUGGCCUGGGCAUCCCAGCCAACGGCAGUCCCCUUACCCGCAGCCUUCCUCCUCCUCCUCCGCUGUGUCCUCCGCAGGGCCCAUGCCUGUCAUGACCAACCGGCAGCCCCCGUCCUCCUUCCAGUCCCCGCCCACCAUGCCCAAUCACAUCUCCCGCGCACCGAGUCCGGCUCCGUUCCCCCGGCCCAUGGCCAGCGGCUCCAUGUCCCCGAACAAGGCCCACUUCAUGGCCUCCAUGAAGAUGCAGAAGCCCGGGAUGCCCUCGCCCAUGCCGGGCUCCCAGAGCGGGGGCAUGCCAAGCCAGGCGAUGCCCCCCAUCCACCGGGAGAUCAGCUUUCCCCCAGGCUCAGUGGAGGCCACCCAGCCCAUGCUGAAACCAAGACGCAGGAUUACAGCAAAGGAUAUUGGUACUCCGGAGGCAUGGCGUGUGAUGAUGUCCUUGAAAUCUGGACUGCUGGCCGAAAGCACCUGGGCUCUGGACACCAUCAACAUCCUACUGUACGACGACAACACUGUGGGCUCCUUCACCCUCACCCAGUUGCCUGGUUUCCUGGAGCUGAUAGUGGAGUACUUCAGAAGGUGCCUGAUUGAAAUCUUUGGGAUCCUGGAUGAGUAUGAGAUUGGCACUGAAGGCCAGAAAACCCUCCUGGGCCCACUUCCUGGUUCCAUGCAGGAGGAAGCCACCACCCCUGAACCUGAGAGCCAAUCACCACCUGAGGAGGGCGAGGAGAAGAAACCAGAGGCGGAAACAGAAGGGCCCUCUGUCUGCAACUCAGGUGAGGUCGUCGUCGCCGUCGUCUCUGCGGAGAAGAAGAAGGACGAAGAGAAGACGUCUGAAGAAGUGGUGGUAAAGGAGGAAGCUCAGGAGGUCGGGCGAGGGGACGAGGCCGCUGACGAGCCCCCGCCCAAGCAGGCCAGCAAGUACGACCGUCUGCCCGUGAAGGUGGAGGAGCGGGAGAAGGAGGAGGACCAGGUGGAGGACCGCUCGGAGCUGCUUGGCCAGGUCACUGCGUUCACCAGCGGCCUGCUGCACUGGAAGGCAGGCGGGGGAGAUUCCACCAAGCACAUCCAGACCCACUUUGAGCUGCGGACCGAAGUGGCAGGGAGUGACACUGACCCCACAGCCCAGGGGCCCAAGCCCAGAGUGACCGGCCAGAGUGAAAACGUGCAGGAGGAGAGGAACGUGACCGCCACUAUGGAUGAAGUUCUGAGCUCGCGGGCAGGGGAGGGGGCCGAAGGAGACGUCGCCAGGAUCCAGGUCUUCUCUUUUGCCGAUCGGCCGAGGCAGGGGAACCUGACGGUCAUCGAGGACGAGCCUCGCUCGUGGGACGAGGCGCCACUCUCGACGGCCGAGCCUUGGCAGGACGCCCUGGCCCGCCGCUGCGUCUGCGUGUCCAACAUCGUACGCGGGCUCUCCUUCGUGCCGGGCAACGACGCCGAGAUGUCCAAGCACCCGGGGCUGGUCCUGCUGCUGGGCCGGCUGGUGCUGCUGCACCACGAGCACCCAGAGAGGAAGAGGACGACGACGUCGGCGAUGGUGGCGGCCAUGCCGCCCACGUACCAGCGCGAGGAAGAGGAGCGCGGCCGGGCCUGCAGCAAGGACGAGUGGUGGUGGGACUGCCUGUGGGCGCUGCGCGAGAACACGCUGGUCACUCUGGCCAACAUGGCCGGCCAGCUGGACCUGUCGCUCUACCCGGAGAGCAUCUGCCUGCCCGUCCUAGACGGCCUGCUCCACUGGAUGGUGUGCCCGUCGGCCGAGGCGCAGGACCCCUUCUGCUCGGCAGGCGCGCUCUCGAGCUCGCUGACGCCGCAGCGGCUGGCGCUGGAGUGCCUGUGCAAGCUGAGCAUCCAGGACGCCAACGUGGACCUGCUGCUGGCCACGCCGCCGGUCAGUCGGCACGAGCGCCUGUUCGCCGUGCUGGUGCGCCACGUGGGCGAGCGCCGCAGCCAGGUGUGCCGCGAGAUGGCGGUGGCGGCGCUGGCCAACCUGGCGCAGGGCGACCCCGGGGCGGCGCGCGCCGUGGCGCUGCAGAAGGGCUCGGUGCCCGCCCUGGUGGGCUUCCUGGAGGACAGCGUGGCCAUGGCGCAGUACCAGCAGUCGCCGCACAGCCUGCUGCACGCCGGACAGCCGCCGCCUCACCCCGAGCCGCCCAGCGUCAACAUGAUGUGCCGCGCCGCCAAGGCCCUGCUGGCGCUGGCGCAGGUGGAGGAGAACCAGGCCGAGUUUGUGCUCUACGAGAGCCGGCUGCUCGACAUCUCGCUGUCGUCCGUGCUGAACUCGAGCGUGGCCGCCAUCAUGUGCGAGGUACUGUUUAAGCUCGGCCGCUCGUGACGGACGGCAGCGGUUGCCGGUUGGGUGUAAAGAUCGUAGCGUCUCGCAGAUGGGGAGUGGGAUUAUAUUUUUAUUUAAAGAGAGAACACGCAAACAAAUUGUUUUUACAUACAAAUGAAUAUAUAGAGAAUAUAUAUAGCUCUUUGCCCCAUUCAGUCUUCAUUUGGGAUUUUUAAAAAAAAAAAUAAUUUUAAUACAGAUAUUUAAUACUUGGUGUUUUAUUUCUUUUUCUAUUCUUUUCUAUGUGUUUGUGUGUUUGUUAUUUUUUUUUUUCAUUUGUUUUAACCAAAGUUGAUAUUGGAUGAUAGGUCUGGUAGUUUGAGGGUAUUUUGCUCUUUAAAUGUUUUAUAAUUGUGGCUGUUAUUUUUCUGUGGGGCUUUUGUUUGUCUGUUUUGGGGGAUGCAGAUUUAUUUAAAUUGUAAGACAUGUUGUAGAUAGAAACUCUUGCCAUGUGUUUUAAGACAAAGAAGAAGAAAAAGCGCUGACUCUACUCAAGAUAUACAUGGAUCCAGCUCAGAGGGGGGGGAGCAUUGUGCAAUAGGAUGCAGUCUGGCUUGUUGGAGGGAGAGGGAGCUAAACCUAAUGUGAAUUAAUAUUUUAUUGACCACAGGCAAUAUUUUAAAACAUUUUGACCACCAGUAUUGUACUGUAGAGCCGUACCAGUAUAAGAGCGAGCGUAUCUCUUCUAUUCUUUUUUUUUUUUUUUUUCAAAGCGAUGGUUCUUGCCAGACUCGCUUCCCUGUAACACGCAUGAUCACAGACAGCCGGCUGAACAAGUGAACGUCUCUCUCUCUGUCUCUGUGUCCCUCUCGGUCGCCCCUGCUCCAUCCUACAGUACCCACAAGCCCCUUUGUAAAUAUCAAUUUUUGGACAUGCAGCAGGGGCCCUUUUAAUGGUUAUGUUUGUCCUUUUUUAAAUCUGUAAGAGACGUGGUAUAACACAAGUGAUGAAAGUUGAUUAUAAUGAUUAUUAUUAUUACUAUACUGAUCGGUCACUGAGCAUUUUCGGUGACUUCUCUUGGGGUGAGGGCGAGUCGCCUCCUCACCACCUACCCUGUUGCUGUUACACAAUGGCAUGUAACAGGUGUGGAUGGCAACCUCCGUCAAGAAGGCUGUUUUUGUGUUUGUUUGUUUGUUUGUUUUUAUUUUGCUAAUUUGUUUUGUAAACCAAUGGCAGACCGUUUCAAAAAGACGUCAAAGUGAUAUUUUAUUCUGGAUGGACUCCUGACCGGUGGUCCAGAAUGCUGUUGAUGCAGAGAAACGAUAGCAGAAUGACUUCAACAUGCAAAUUCCCACAAAUGUAAAGUCUAUGUAAACUCUUUCUCCAUUUGAUUUGAAGACCAUUGUUUAUUCAGUAUAAAGUCUUUAUACUACAUGUUCCACAUGUUAAAAAGUAAAUGUACAUGAAAUCUG